GCCCCCUAGCGCCAGGCGGACCCGUGGGUUUUGUCGACAGCAACAAAACAAUCCUCUUCUUUUGGGUCUUUCCCUCUUCCUCGUCAUAAACAGCGAUCCAACACUGCCUGGAAAGGGGUCUGCUCUUCCACGCUUCCCGUCUCAUUUCCUCUCCCUGUCCAUUGUUCUCCCGCGGUAUCUGUGCCGUCGAAUCUCUACCCCGAUUUCCAACACCACCACCGUUUUACGCCAUCUACCCCACCAUGGGCGAAUCCAGACAAGAGCUGUUGGGAUGGCUCAACAACCUCCUGCAGCUGAACCUAACCAAGAUCGAGCAGAUGGGAACCGGUGCUGCCUUGUGUCAGAUUUUUGAUUCGAUAUUCAUGGAUGUUCCCAUGUCUCGCGUGAAGUUCAACGUCAACACCGAAUAUGCCUACCUCCAGAACUUCAAGGUCCUUCAGAACGUCUUCGCCCGCCACCACGUCGACAAGCCGGUCCCCGUCGAGCAGCUUACGAAAUGCCGCAUGCAGGACAAUCUGGAGUUCCUCCAGUGGGUGAAGAGGUACUGGGAUCAGCACUACCCCGGAGGCGAUUACGAUGCCGUCACCCGUCGGAAGGCUUCCGGCGGUGCUCCUACCUCGGCAGCCAGCUCUCGUGCGGGCGCGACCUCUGCCGGAGCCACGCGUCGGGGAACUACGCCCACCGUUGGAGGAAGUCGUCCUCGCGUUGCCGCUGGCGCUGGCGCGGCCAACGUUUCCGCCCUGCAGCAGGAGAUCGCUACUCAGAAAGAGGCCAUUGGCGGUCUGGAGAAGGAGCGGGACUUUUAUUUCGCCAAGCUGCGCGACAUCGAACUGCUCCUGCAGAGUGCCAUUGAGGCGGACCCCGAGUUGGACAAGGAGGAGGACUCGUUAGUCAAGCACAUCCAGGGCAUUUUGUACUCGACAGAGGAAGGAUUUGAGAUCCCUGCGGAGACCGAGGCAGGCGCGGAUGAACUGGAGACCUUUUAAGUCCAUGGUUAGGAACGUCUGUCCGUUAUUAAUACCCCCCGUCGUAGUGUCGCUAGCGUUGAAUGCGUGGUCUUCGACCCGUGUACUUGAAUUGCUUUUAAUACGUUGAAUUGGACCGUUUGGAGAAGGACCGAGAAAAUAAAGGGGGUGUGCAUUACUUCACUUUGUGUGUAUAGUUUGGAGACAGAAAUCUGGUUGUCUUUCCCGAGCCUGGGAAGCAAAAUCUUAAUAGAUUUCCUUU